AUCCAUUUCUGGAAAAUCGAAAAACAAUUGAAUAAAUUCAUACGUCUAUUUAUAUGAUUGUAACAGUUCAAACUUUAUAAGUACAAUUAUAUAUACUCAAAACAGAGAUGGCUGUGGUGUCACCUUUAGCCAAGUACAAAUUGGUGUUUCUCGGCGAUCAAUCUGUUGGAAAAACAAGCAUAAUUACCCGUUUCAUGUAUGAUAAAUUCGACACCACUUAUCAGGCCACCAUUGGCAUUGACUUCUUGUCAAAAACAAUGUACCUUGAAGAUCGAACAGUUCGCUUGCAGCUCUGGGAUACUGCUGGUCAAGAGAGAUUUAGGAGUCUUAUUCCAAGUUACAUUAGGGAUUCUUCUGUGGCUGUGAUUGUCUAUGAUGUUUCCAAUCGACAGUCAUUUUUGAACACUUCAAAGUGGAUUGAGGAAGUACGUACAGAACGAGGGAGUGAUGUCAUUGUUGUUCUUGUGGGGAAUAAGACUGAUCUUGUUGAUAAAAGGCAAGUUUCAAUUGAGGAAGGAGACAGGAAGGCUCGUGAAUCUGGUAUCAUGUUUAUAGAAACGAGUGCUAAAGCAGGUUUUAAUAUAAAGCCUUUGUUUCGAAAAAUAGCUGCCGCUUUGCCAGGAAUGGGAACUCUUUCCUCCGCAAGACAGGAAGAUAUGGUCGAUGUCAAUUUGAAGCCGUCUACAGUUACAUCCCAGACGGAGCAACAAGGAGGUGGCUGCGCAUGCUAGAGAUUAUAUGCGAGGAGAAAGAAGGCAACGAAAAAAUUUGGAAAUUCACCCAAUGCUUAUUGUGUCAAGCUAAUGGUCUUAUAUAGCUACUCUCAUCGAGUGUGAGGUUGCAGCAGUAUUAGCGAGAAAGAUUCUAUAAAGCCGAAACAUCAAGGGAACUGUUGACUUUCAAUUCGGGCUGCUAAGUUCCUAGGUUGAGAACUCGAGUUUUUUAGUUAGUGUGUGUAGUUAUUCGUUUUUGUUUGAAUUCUAUGAACGAUGGAUUAUAUGGGUCCAUGUUAUCGUAAGUUAGUGAUGCUUUUAGGUAUUGAAAACUUUGCCAUCAAGCACAACGGCCCUUCUAAUGCUUGUGUUCUAAUGGUU